CACUCAUCGACUGUUUUUUGUCAAGCGACGAUUCGAGGAAGAAACAAUGGCGACAACGCUCGCGAGAGCAAUUCGAUCUCUGUCAACGGCGUACCGUAGUACAUUUCGUCGCGAGAAUCCGUUCGAUUUGUCGAAUGUCGUAUACUUGGUGGUACGAGAACCACCACCGAAAGCGAUCGGUGGUAAAGCGAGAAAAGCGUGGCUGGGAAUCGUCGCGGGAAUAGUCGUCGGGUGUGGCGGGGUUUGCUACUUCCUAGAUGAAUCGGUCAAGGCGCACACCGCCACGAUCUCGUUGCCAAGAUAUCCAUGGGAGUUCAAACGCGUGUUAAAAUCCUUCGAUCACGCCGCCGUGAGAAGGGGAUGGCAAGUUUACAGAACCGUGUGCUACACGUGUCACAGCCUGCGAUACGUUCGUUUCCUCGAUCUGAUCGACGUGACGCACACCAAGGAGGAGGUCAAAGCUAUCGCCAAAGAGUUCGAGGUGGAUGAUGGGCCCGACGAGGGGGGCAACUACUACAAGAGGCCAGCGAAACUGUCCGACAGAAUCCCAUCACCGUUUCCGAACGAGGAAGCAGCCAGGGCAGCAAACUUCGGCGCUUAUCCACCGGAUCUUUCGCAACUGAUUUAUGCGCGAAAGCACGGUACCGAUUACAUGUUCUCCUUGCUGACUGGCUGGUACGAGCCGCCAGCAGGCGUGCGUUUAGGCGAGGGUCAACAGUUUAACGUUUACUUUCCCGGAGGUAUCAUCACGAUGGCGCCGAUGUUCUUCGAAGGAUGCGUCGAGUACGACGACGGCGUACCAGCCACCGAGUCGCAAAUGGCAAAGGACGUGGUGGAGUUUCUUUUGUGGACAGCGUCGCCCGAGCACGAUACGCGCAAGAUCAUGACCCUCAAAAGUAUAGGAAUUUUUCUGAUGCUGUUAAUUACGAUUGGGCAUAUCGUAAGGCGGCACGGCUCGCACAUGACAAGUCGACGCAUAGCCUACGUACCGAAACGCACCUGUUGACCUACGGGACACCCAUUUAUCGCUAGACGAAAUGCCAACGGAACCAAGUAAACAAACAUCUGGCAAUGUUUGUCAGCUAUAGCAAUCGAAAAGGAUAUUUCAGCGAUCCCCUUUCCAAAACUACCAUUCUUUUUUCUUAAACAGUCGAUUCAAUUAUUUCCGCUUUCGAGGGUGAAAACUGGAAACGUGAACGUACUCCGAAGCUGAUUUAGUAGAGAUUCUGAACUCGAGAUGUGACGGAGCCACGGGUUAACCGUCCGACGAGAAAAGCGAAAGGAUUACAGCGAGAGCGAGCGAGAUAGAUCAACGAGUCGACGAGUCUCGCGUUACAUGCGCUCGGGGCAAAACUUGAAAGCAAUAAGCGUUUGUUUACACAAGUCUCAUGCGCGAGAGAACGGCGACGCGUGGAUUUAUUUACGCGUGUUCCGUUCCCACCUAUUUGACCGCGAAAUAAAUUUCAUUCGCUCGUAGACAUCGCGUGGUUACUCGAGCGAAAUUAUCGAUAAAAAUAACGUGGAUCAAUGGGCAUUAUUUACGUUUGGAAUCGAUGACCCUGUAUCGAUCCAUUCCGAAGACUGGAAUACCCUUAAAGACCAUGUAUAAAAAAAACUGCGGGGGCCGUUGUUUCAUAAUUUCACGUUUCUUGUCGUUAAAUAAUACAAGUAUAUAAAGUGGAGCGGUAUUUAUGCAGAAAUAAGUUUCGAUAUAUUUUGUCAAUAAAUAACAUUUUGGUAACGACAAAGUGAUUGUUAUUUUUGUUGGUAGGAAUAGGAAUAGGAAAGUCUAACGUCGAUUCCUAGUGACUAUCAACGCGUUAAGGAUUGCAUUAUUUCACUGGUUCCAGGUCGAUCAGUGAUCAACGAGCACAACGAUAGAGAACCGAUCGCGCCUCCACCGAUUGUCAGGUCGGCUCGUAUCGUCUCGGUCGGUCGAUUCGGCUCGGUUGGUACUUAGUUGGUGGCGCGGUCGUAACAUGUGCCACCGAUAAUCGUUUCGCAACGCCGCGCGGCCUUGACGAUGCCCGUAUACCCGAUCGGGCCGUCUAAUAAUAGAAAUCUCGAAUCGUAUGUCCGUGCGACAAACGUUGCGCCGCCGUGGCGCGCGACGUCCCCCCCGCCCUCAACGGCAUCCUCGCAAAAUCAUUGGCUUCGAAACGACGAACGACCGAUGGAUGACGGAUGACGGAUGACGGAUGACGCAUGACGGAUCACGGAUCACGGAUCACGACGAUCGACGAUCUAUUUCGGAUCGAAAGAUCCCCGCUACGUUUCGAUAUUUAUUUAUACCUGUCCGUUCGUCAUCAUCCCUCGGCCCCCACCCGUCCACAACACCGCACGACCGGGUCGGUAAAUCGUUCGAGCUCCGAAAUAGCUACUCGUCGAAAAUAAUAACUACUCUGCGCGUCUCGUUCCCUCUCUUGCUACGCUCGUCUCAUCUGCAGAUCUCGUCUACUCCUUUGCUAACUCCUUUCAGGCCUUUACACGGUUACGUUUAUUAUAUCGUAUUUCGCAAGGUAUUCGCAUACUGGAAUUACACGAUUUUAUGCACAGUAUCGGAUGUAGUUGAAAAAUAGGAAAAUCUUGAAUAGAAUUAUGGUAAUAAAAGUUUUGAGAUAAACAGUCUAUGGUGUAACAUAUAGAUUUCGAUGUGUUGGGACAACCAAGUAAAUUUGUUCCAUUUUCAGAUUAUACGGAUAAACGGAUACUUAUACAGAUACUUUCUCGACUGUCUUGGCUACUCUAUCUAGGUGUAUACAUACAUAUAAUCUGUUUGGUUGCGACGCGUGGUAGUCGCAUCGAUGAUCUAUGCACGCGCACGACUUGCCCCGACGCUCAAUGGCAACAAGUGCGAUCGCGGAAGGGAAGGGGUGGCACGGAUCGAAAAUAUAUACCAAACGAUGAAUGAAACCUCCGCGUUGACGUCGGGAGCGCGCCAAUGAUUCCCCGAUCAGCCGUAAAGCG